GAACGCGAAACAAUACAAACAUCUAAGCUCGAGAGACUAAAAUACCAACAAAUGCAGAAGCUGGGAAUAGGUUUAAACAACGAUUGGUUUGUAAACAAAACGGACAUAGAUUUCCCAGUAGAAACAAAGUGGCUGCUGUCAUUAGGCAGGAAAUUCACACUACCCACAACGAAGACUAGUUUCCAACCGAUCCGAAUGAUUGCAGAAAUUGAACAAAUCAUACAACAAGAAAAGGAUGACAGAGUCAAGGAAAUUGCAAGAUGCAAACUCAGCAAUAAUAUAAUACAAUUUAAACGGAAUAUAAGGCACAACUCAGCAGAAAAAUUUAUAUUAGAAACAUUCAAUAAGACCAAAACUUUCUUAAAGUCGCACAAAGACGAUAUUAUCUUAACAGACGCAGAUAAGGGAAACAAAACAGUGGUAAUGUACAAAGAGGACUACACAGAGAAGAUGAACAAACUACUUGAUGACAAAAACACGUAUAAAAUAGUAAGAAACGAUCCAACAAAUGCGCUACAGAGAAAGAACAACACCCUGGUUGACGAAUUGUACAAAAGCAAAAUUAUUGACUACAGAGGUAAACAACAACUCGUAUGCACAGCAGCGAUUGCACCACGACUUUACAAAUUUCUAAAUAUCCUUAAUUUCUGCCUGAAGGAUAAUAAUUAUUUCGCGUGCAACGAAAAAUUCUACAUUCAAACCUUUGGAAUGCCAAUGGGAAACCCUCUCUCACCCACUAUUGCUGACAUUAUAAUGGACGAUUUACUGAACGCAACUAUGAUAGAACUUAAAGAAAUCUAUAAAAUUGAUAUACAAUUUAUAGUAAAAUAUGUGGAUGACAUUUUUGCCAUAGUUAAACGAAAGGAUGUGGACAUUAUAUUGAAAACACUCAACAAAUAUCAUCGAAAAUUGCAGUUCACAAUAGAAACAGAGGCAAAUUUCCGGAUCCCAUUUUUAGACGUUAUGAUCCAUAGAAGAAAUGACUCUUUAAUACUUGACUGGUAUUCGAAACCUACAUCCUCGGGACGUUUAAUAAAUUAUUUGUCGUCACAACCCUCUAAGUACAAAAUUAAUACUGCUAAGAACUUAAUUAAUAAGAUACUAAAAAUAAGCCAUCAACAAUUUCAUGACACAAAUAUAAAGAAAAUAUUCAACAUUCUUAGAAGUAACAACUACCCGGAGCACAUAAUUCAUAGCCUAGUUAAACAAAUAACAACACAAAUUAAUGACAAACGCAAUAACCCUACGAUCACAACAACUAAUAAUGAGACAAAACGCUACUACAGUGUAACAUACGUACCUAGACUCAGCGAAAAAAUUGAUCGCAAGGAAUACACUAACAACCAAAAUACAAUACUAGCAUACCGAUCAAAUCACACGUUGUCUUCAGUAUUUACCAAAACAAAAACUCCAAUAGAGCCGCACCAACAAAAUAACGUAGUGUACGAAAUAACAUGCGAAGGAAGUGAAAACGAAAAGUGUAAUAGAAUUUACAUUGGAACGACAAAAAGGCCGCUUGCAGUUCGCUUAUCGGAGCAUGAAGCGGACAUCAAGAAGAACAAGAGCAACACGGCACUAUCACAACACAUAUCAGCAAGCGGACACACAGCUGAUCUAACUAAAACGAAAAUAAUAGACAAAGAAAAGAGGGAGAGAACAAGAUUCACGUUGGAAAGCUUACGGAUAUUACAGAAGAGGGACAAGACAAUGAACAAAAAGGAAGACACGGAUGACAUCGCGACUGCUUAUUUAUUAUGUUUAUAGCUAAAAUCAACAGUAUGACAAGUGUACCACACGACGUUGGUAUCGAUACGGACCAAUUAGUUUAAGUUUUUGUGUUAUUUAUUUGUUUAUAUAUGUACGUGAAUUUUGAAACUCGUGU